CCAACAAUUUUGGUGAAGUACCGUAAUUUGGCUUCUUUCUCUCAUAGUCGGGUCCGCCCUGUAUUUCACUCUCCAUUCUUUACUUCUCACAGAUCAGAUCAGUAGGAACUCCGAUUCAACUCCUACUCCAUUUUUGCUUCCUAAAUUGUGGGAUACGGAAACUUGUUUUGGUGGUUCCCAGAAGUUGCAUAGCUGAGUGCUAUACAUCAGACAGAAAACAAUACGAUCAGAGAAAGAGAGAGAGAGAGAGGUAAAAGGAGAAAAUUGUAAUGUGGAAACUGAAAAUUGCGGAGGGAUCAAGCCCGUGGUUGCGUUCACUAAAUGGACAUAUCGGCCGCCAAAUCUGGGAAUUUGAUCCCAGUCUCGGGUCUUCUGAAGAUCUGGCCGAGAUCGAGAAGCUUCGAGAGCAGUUUACUAAACAUCGUUUCGAGCAGAAGCACUCUGCUGAUCUUCUCAUGAGACUUCAAUUUACGAAGGAGAAUCCGAACACCACAAUUUUGCCCCAAGUAAAAGUGAAAGAUAUAGAUGAAAUUACAGAAGACAAAGUAACCGAUACAUUGAGGAGGGCCAUUAGUUUCCAUUCAACUCUGCAAGCUCACGAUGGUCAUUGGGCAGGAGACUAUGGAGGUCCAAUGUUUCUAAUGCCUGGCCUGGUUAUCGCAUUAUCUAUUACCGGGGCAUUAAAUGCAACAUUGUCAAAAGAACACAAGCGUGAGAUUUGUCGCUAUCUUUACAAUCAUCAGAACAGCGACGGGGGAUGGGGUCUGCACAUUGAGGGGCCAAGCACCAUGUUCGGUUCUGUUUUGACCUAUGUUACUUUGAGGUUGCUUGGUGAAGGGGCGAAUGAAGGAGAUGGAGCGAUGGAGAAAGGUCGAGACUGGAUUUUGAAUCAUGGUGGAGCCACUGCAAUAACAUCGUGGGGAAAGAUGUGGCUCUCGGUACUUGGGGUGUUUGAAUGGUCUGGAAACAAUCCUUUGCCACCUGAGAUAUGGCUUCUCCCAUAUAUUGUUCCAUUUCAUCCAGGAAGGAUGUGGUGUCAUUGUAGAAUGGUUUAUCUCCCCAUGUCCUAUUUGUAUGGAAAAAGAUUUGUUGGCCCAAUUACACCCACGGUUCUUUCUCUGAGGAAGGAGCUCUAUUCAGUUCCAUAUCAUGAAAUAGACUGGGACAAAGCUCGCAAUGAAUGUGCAAAGGAAGAUCUAUACUACCCACACCCUGUUGUACAAGAUAUACUUUGGGCUUCUCUCCACAAGUUUGCGGAACCUGUUUUCAUGAAUUGGCCUGGAAAAAAGUUGAGAGAUAAGGCUCUUCGCACUGUUAUGGAGCAUGUACAUUAUGAAGAUGAAAACACACGCUAUAUAUGUAUAGGCCCUGUAAACAAGGUGCUAAAUAUGCUUUGCUGUUGGGUGGAAGAUCCAAAUUCAGAAGCUUUCAAGUUACAUCUUCCAAGAAUAUAUGAUUACCUGUGGGUUGCAGAAGAUGGCAUGAAAAUGCAGGGAUACAAUGGAAGUCAGGCAUGGGAUACUUCCUUUGCUGUGCAAGCCAUAUUAUCCACAGAGCUUGUUGAAGAAUUUGGCCCAACUUUAAAAAAAGCACAUACAUACAUAAAGAAUUCACAGGUGUUAGAUGAUUGCCCUGGGGAUUUAGAUUUUUGGUAUCGUCACAUAUCCAAAGGUGCCUGGCCAUUUUCAACUGCUGACCAUGGUUGGCCUAUUUCGGAUUGCACUGCCGAGGGACUGAAAGCAUCUCUGUUAUUGUCAAAAUUACCAGCACAAAUUAUUGGUGAGCCUCUGGAUGCUAAGCGGUUUUAUGAUGCUGUGAAUGUUGUUCUUUCACUACAGAACGCAGAAGGAGGCUUUGCAACGUAUGAACUCACAAGAUCAUAUAGUUGGUUGGAGCUAAUCAACCCUGCUGAAACUUUUGGUGACAUUGUUAUUGAUUAUCCCUACGUAGAAUGCACGUCGGCUGCUAUUCAAGCAUUGACAUCAUUUAAGAAAUUAUAUCCUGGGCAUCGAAAAGAAGAAGUGGAACGAUGUAUCGAAAAAGGGGCUAAAUUCAUGGAAAAGAUUCAAGCAACAGAUGGCUCUUGGUAUGGUUCUUGGGCAGUUUGCUUCACUUACGGAACAUGGUUUGGGGUAAAAGGCCUGGUGGCAGCUGGGAGAAGCUACAGCAAUUGCUCUGCCAUUCGCAAGGCUUGUGAUUUUCUGCUGUCUAAACAGCUUCCAUGUGGUGGAUGGGGAGAGAGUUAUCUUUCAUGCCAAAACAAGGUGUAUUCAAAUCUAGAAGGCGACAGGUCUCAUGUGGUAAAUACGGGAUGGGCUUUGCUAACUCUCAUCGAUGCCGGGCAGGCUGAGAGAGACCCGUUGCCUUUGCACCGUGCAGCCAAAGUCCUAAUUAAUUCGCAAUGUGAAAAUGGAGAUUUCCCACAACAGGAGAUAAUGGGGGUGUUCAAUAAGAAUUGCAUGAUCACAUACGCAGCAUAUCGGAAUAUAUUUCCGAUAUGGGCUCUAGGAGAAUACCGGUGCAGGGUUCUACGCACCCAAUGAAUUAUCAGCUGCAGAUGAAUCUCGAAGUCGUUUUUUUAGCCUUAUUUAUUAAUUACUAUAUAACUUAUCCCGUUUGGAUGCACAUGCACUUCGUCUCGUAGCUCAUUUCCGAACCUAUCUGAUUUCGUUAUUCAAGUUGUGUAAUGGACUUUUUCGUGAGAAAAUUAUCCCUAAAAGAUAGAAAAACAAAUGGGAUAUUGAUGGUAUUUAAUGUAGUUAAUAUCUAUCAAUUGAAUGUAAUUUUCCUUAAUUUUA